AUGUCAUCUAUUACUACUACUUGUAAGAAUACUAUGAAAGUGACUUUAAUCGGUGCUUCCGGUGCCAUUGGUAUGCCUCUUUCAUUGUUGUUGAAGUUGAACCCUCUGAUCACGGAGUUGGCUCUUUAUGAUGUCCAUCAGGCUCGUAUACCCGUUCCUGGUAUUGCUGCUGAUAAUUCUCAUAUCAACACUCCGGCUAAGGUGAGAGGAUAUGUCGAUGCUGAGCAUCUCCCUGAGGCUGUCACUGGAAGCAACGUCAUCAUUGUAUGUGCUGGUAUUGCUCAAAAACCCGGUAUGUCUCGUGAGGAUCUCUUUGGUGUUGAUGCCGGUAUAAUGCGUGACAUCGCAACAACUUGUGCUAAAUAUGCCCCGAAUGCUAUGAUGUGCAUCAUGUCGAAUCCCGAGACUUCACUCGUUCCUCUCACUGCUGAGAUCUAUAAGAAGGCCGGAGUCUAUGACCGUAAGAAGCUCCUCGGCAUCACAACUCUCGAUGUGACUCGUGCUCGAACCUUCUAUGCAGAAGCUACUGGUCUUGAUGUUGAGAAGGUUCAUGUUCCUGUUGUCGGUGGUCACGGUGGCUGUGCUAUUCUUGCUCUCUUCUCGCAUGCUACACCUUUUGUAAAGUUGGAUGAGAACACCAUCAAGGCUUUGGAUGAACAUGUCCAGACUGCUGUCACUGAAGUCGUCGAUGCUCUCGCUGGUGCAGGUUCGGCCUCUCUGUCUAUGGCAUACUCUGCUGCUGAGUUCAUCGAUACUGUCAUCCGUGGUUUACAACAACAAGGAGGAGGAGACUACCAGCAGCAGAAGAAGGCCACGCCGUCUGCCUGCGCCUACGUCAACUGGCCUUAUCAAGGGUGUGAGUUCUUCGCCCAGGUUACCAGCUUUGGUCCCGAGGGUAUCGAAGGUGUACAGCCGAUCGACAACUUAAGUCCAUUUGAAGAAAAGAGGAUGGUCGAAACUGUCAAUAAGGUGAAGGGAGAUGUGGAGAAAGGUAUGGCUUACGUUGAGGCCCACCAGAAUUAA